AUGGACAACAUCGAUUACUCCUCGUUCAAGCGUGUUCAGGAAGAGCCUGCAAUGCUCAAAUGGCUGGCCGAGCACGAACUCGCGGCUGAGAAGGCGGCUGCCGAGGCCAGCAAAGCACCCGCUCCCAAGAGGUCGAGAGAGGUAGAGGCAGAAAGUGCUGGACAGGUGGCCAAGAAGGCCAAAAGCGCAAACGCAGAGCCCAAGGAGGCCAGAACUACGAACGCCGCCGUUGUCAGACUCCAAGAUGCCGAGAAAGCCGCCCGCCGGGCCAUGGAAGACGCUUCCUCUGAACAAACCAGAGAAGUCGCUGCGAAAGCUUUCGAUCGCGCGCAUCAGCAACUACUGGAUGCCGAGCACCCACCUCCGCCUGUCGAGCUGCAAGGCAUUGUUGGUGAAGCCUGUAACGCCUGGGCAGGAAGACGCAACGAGGCCCGAUCAGAUUACAACAGAAUGCGCAGACUCUGGUUCGCUGACGUAGCGAGAUGGACACCCCAGCAAUGGGUACGCACAGCAACAUCAUACAGGCUCCAUCACUCCUACGCCCACAAUGGUGUCGAGACCGCAUACUGGUCGCUCAUGGUCAACUUUGCCUCGUGUUCCCAGAGGGACGACCUUACUGGAGGCAAAUUCAACCUUGAUCUUGCCGGUGUCGCUCUUUUGCGCUGGGAAGAGGAAGAGCGCGAAUUUCGCCCAGAGGAGGAACUCAGAAUCGUCCAGGCAAGAAAAGCAAACCGCCUGUAUUCCGCCUUUGUCAGUUCUGAGACGAAGGUUUCUGAGGACGAGGGAAGGGUCGAGCAUGCAGUCAAGCCCCCAGCACAACCCCGAGUCCCAACACAACCUCAGGCCUCAACACAGCCCGAGGUCACGGCACCACCAUCUCCUGCAGCCCAACCAGUAAGCGCUGCCAAAGCUCGACCCUACGAUGUUCUCGACCCCAGAUACAAGUACAGCACCCACACUCCGGUCGUCAAAAAAUUAUAUCGCACUGGCACAUGCUUGACCAAGGUAUCCUCUCCAGCAAUGUUCCAAGCUCAUCGCGUCUUUUGCAAGUUCAUCCUGCGUCGCCUUAUCAGGCGCAUGAACACCGGCAACAGGGAGAAAUCGAACGUCAAGACAGUUCCUUUGACUUAUCCACAAAUGCGUAUCAUUGGCGGAAAAUGUCAGACCCGACACUGGGCUCCAAGGCCCGGAGCUUACCUUCACGCCCGCGAGAUCACAGCCGUCGCGCGGUCAAGACACGAGGCCAAAGCAAUCUUUGGUGAUCCUCAAGCUCGCACGAUCAGCCGUGGCAAGAUCGAUCGCUUGGCUGCAAUCGUGCGUUACAGCAGAGCCAAGAAAAGAACUAUCGCGGAAGAAGCCAAAAGAGUUCGUGCUUUGGCAAAAGGUCUGCUGCUGGCCUUUCCUGAACUCACAUUCCCCGAUCCAGAGGAUAACGUGCUCAUCGCCGGCGAAAGAACCCAGAGUUCAAUGACGCCUUCGCUCUGGUACAACGAGGAGAAAGAAAUUGAGGUGCACAGUGAAGGAUUUGUCUUCCAAGAGUUUGACAAUCCACGAGCCCUUGAUGGCUUGGUGAGUACUCACGCCAUCGCAGAAGCUUUUACAGGACAUAUUACCGGCCACCUGCAGAUCUGCAAGCAGUUGAACCUCAACCCAAGCUUCAUCUUGAUCGGUGUUGACGCAAUGGGAAGCAACUGGGAUCGCAUGGUCGCCUAUAUCCGAGAUACUGUGCAAUCUCUUGGGCACCAUUUUGACAUCUUCAUUCGGGUCAAGGCAAAGUCGAUCAACCUCUGUCCCAGGGUCAACAAGUACGGGCGCUACGGAGUUGUUCGCUCAGAAGACCUUUUGAUCUAUGACACCGCCGACCGCCACAAUCUCUCUCCCAAUGUGACUGCCGCCCUCAAAGAAUGGAAAUUGUCUUUGUCCUAUCUUUGGGGCAGAAACAUACUACAGAAGAACGUUCAGACCAUCAGCACAACCCGCAACUGA